AUGAAGUCAAUGCAACGGAAGUUUGGAGGGUUGAUGAAGCGCUCGGAGGACCAGGCAGACGUUGGAACGGUACUGGCCGAGUUCAAGGCAGCGGACGACAUGUUGGACAGACUCAUACAAGACAUCAAAUCGUGGCGCAACGGCUGGGAGGAUGUACUGAAGCUGCAGUAUGACUGCUCCGAGGCAUUCGCAUCGCUCUACAAGCCCAUCGAACCCACAUCCUCACCCGACAUGCACCACCAACCCGCCGUCACCCCGAGCAACUACAUGCAGAAAUGUCUCGGUUUGCAGAAGCUCUAUUCGGAGCUCAAGACCGACUUACAACAGGAAAUUACAAUGAUCGACAACAAGCUGCUCCGUCCCGCCGAACAGGCGAAGCAAAGCACCAAGCAGCUGCACAAGACGCUCAAGCAUCGCGAAAACACCAAGCUCGACUACGAACGCUACUUGAGUCGCACCGAGCACGCGCGGAGGAAGGAGACGCGGACGGUGAAGGAGGAGGCGGCGCUUGCUGCCCACGAGCAGAACCUCGCGCAGGCCCAGAUCGACUAUGAGACCGCCGACGAGCAGGUCAAGGAGGCCUUCCCACCCAUCACGGCCGCGAUACUGAGUCUGGUGCCGUACCUGCUCACCAACCAGCUAAUGUUACAAACGACACUCUCCGGACAAGUGUACACCGUCUUGGACAAGUAUACACGAGCGCACCACAUGCCGAAUCCAGCCCCAAGUGACGCGGAGAUUGUGCGGGUGUGGCAACAGGAGUUCGACGGCUUUCGACAGGAAUUAGAGCAAGGUAUCAGCAUCAUCGCCAGCGGUAAGGCGGUGCAGAUGGGUAUGGCGCUACCACCGGAAAAGAGUACCGUGACCGGACUGGGCCUCAGAGGUAAGGUCGGCGGCCUGGCAGCGAUGGGACGGAAAGGCAGCGCGCCGGCCGUGCCGACCACGAAACCAACCAUCGGCGCAAGAACGCCGUCCGGCAUGAGCGGCAAAUCUCUGACGUUCAACGCGCCCUACGACCAAAACCCAACCGCCCUCACCCCAUCCUGGCCCAACAAUCCACCUCCACCACCCGCCUACGACCAAUCCCCCGGCAACAUCUCCCCACCCUCCCGCUACGCCACCCCCGUCAACGGCAACUCUCCCACCACGACCACCACCACCACCUCCCCCGCACCAGAUUACUUCGCAGCAACCUCUUCUCGCCCGGAGCAGAACCGAAGCUUCUCGCAAUCCAGUCUCGCCUCGGCCGCGGCAGCGGUCGGUGCAGGCAAAAAGAAACCCGCACCGCCUAUCCCGAUCAAACGGAUACAGAGUAGUCAGGCGACGUACGUGACUGCCGUGUAUGAUUUCGAGGGGCAGAAUGAGGGCGAUUUGGCGUUUAGGGAGGGGGAUCGGAUUAAAGUGGUCAAGAAGACGGAUAGCGUGGAUGAUUGGUGGGAGGGGGAGUUGAGGGGGCGGGUGGGAAGUUUUCCUGCUAAUUAUGUGGAGGUGUGA